GCUUGCGCUCCGCUGGGCGGGGCUUGGAGGCGGCGGGAACUGCAAUUGGUGGCUUUGAAGGCGCGGCGGGCGGGAACAGCUGCCGAAGAGGGAGACUGAAGGAGAUGUGGGCCGCGCCAAAGAGAUGGAUGAGACUGUUGCUGAGUUCAUCAAGAGGACCAUCUUGAAAAUCCCCAUGAAUGAACUGACAACAAUCCUGAAGGCUUGGGAUUUUUUGUCUGAAAAUCAACUGCAGACUGUAAAUUUCCGGCAGAGAAAGGAAUCUGUAGUUCAGCACUUGAUCCGUCUGUGUGAGGAAAAGCGUGCAAGUCUCAAUGACGCUGCCCUGUUAGACAUCGUUUAUACGCAAUUUCAUCAGCACCAGAAAGUUUGGGAUGUUUUUCAGAUGAGUAAAGGACCAGGUGAAGAUGUUGACCUUUUUGAUAUGAAACAAUUCAAAAAUGCAUUUAAGAAAAUUCUUCAGAGAGCGUUAAAAAAUGUGACAGUCAGCUUCAGAGAAACUGAGGAGAAUGCAAUCUGGAUUCGAAUCGCCUGGGGAACUCAGUACACAAAGCCAAACCAGUACAAACCUACCUAUGUGGUAUACUACUCCCAGACUCCGUACGCCUUCAAGUCCUCCUCCACGCUGAGGCGCAAUACACCGCUUCUGGGUCAGGCGCUGACAAUUGCUAGCAAACACCAUCAGAUUGUGAAAAUGGACCUGAGAAGUCGGUAUCUGGACUCUCUUAAGGCUAUUGUUUUUAAACAGUAUAAUCAGACCUUUGAAACUCACAACUCUACAACACCUCUACAGGAAAGAAGCCUUGGACUGGAUAUAAAUAUGGAUUCAAGGAUCAUACAUGAAAACAAAGUAGAAAAAGAGAGAGUCCAACGAAUAACUCAAGAAACAUUUGGAGAUUAUUCUCAACCACAACUAGAAUUUGCACAAUAUAAGCUUGAAACGAAAUUCAAAAGUGAUUUAAAUGGGAGCAUCUUGGCUGAGAGGGAAGAACCCCUCCGAUGCCUAAUAAAGUUCUCUAGCCCACAUCUUCUGGAAGCAUUGAAAUCCUUAGCACCAGCCGGGAAAUGUCAGACUAAAGAAUACUGAAGCACAGAAAAUGAUGGUACUUGGGCAUGCUGGGUGCUUUUGAAAAUGGAAAGGCCUGAGAAACAAGCCUGAGAGUCAAGGUCCCUCUAACCUUGUCUUAUUCUUGUCUCAACCAAGGAAUGUCCCUCUGGAAUUUCCCUGCCUGACUAAGAAAGCUUCUUACUAAAAGAAACACAGUUGCAUUCUAUUCUGUCCUUCAAAUCUCAUUAUCUAUCAAAGAGAUGAAGACUGAGCCACACAUGGAUGGACCUCUUCAUAAGGCCUGCCCUUCAGGCUCAUUCAGAUUCCAAAGAGAAUCAUUUACAAGUUAAUUUCUGUCUCCCUAGUCCUUUUAUUCCUCCUGAUAAUAAUUUACUGCUCCUCAAAAGAAUUAUACACAUUCCCCAUCUCCUUAUUCGCCUAUGAAAAAGGGUAUAUAAACAUCCAUACCCCAUUGGGUGUUGGGGGAUAAUCACUCUGUAAUUUCUCCCUUCCCCCCGCCAGGCACAUUAAUAAAACUUGUAUGCCUUUUCUCCUAUUAAUCCAUCUUUUAUCAGUUGAUUUUCAGUGUAUUUUUUUAGCACUUUUU